UUUUAAUCAUACAUCUAAAAGGAAGUGUUGAGUUUCAGAUAGCUUAAACACACACACAGCAGCUGCUGCUACUACUACUCCUGGCUCUCUGUACCCUCAGCCAGUCUGUUGUUGACCUCUCAGUGAGCAUGUCGGGUGGUGUUAGUGUUUGGAGGGUAGUGAGCUGGAUGGUGCUGGGCAUGGUUCUGGGGCUCAGUGGUCGGGGCUCAGCCCUGAAGAUCUGCACCUUUAACAUCCAGUCCUUUGGAGAGAAGAAAAUAGAGAAGCAAGAGGUGGUUGAUGUCAUAUUGGCUCUGAUCGCUCGCUGUGACAUCAUGCUGGUGAUGGAGAUCAAAGAUCUCAGUGGGAAGGCUUUCCCUCAGCUCAUGACCAAACUCAACAGUGACUACAGCUCCAGGAAGAAUGAGUAUAACUAUGUGAUCAGUGACAGACUGGGACGUAAGUCUUACAAGGAGCAGUAUGCCUUUAUCUACAGACAGAGGCUGGUGUCAGUAAAGGAAGUGUACCAGUACCCAGACACCCAACCUGGAGAUGAGGAUGCUUUCUCCAGGGAACCUUUCAUCGUCUGGUUCUCUUCCCCCAAAACAGCUGUCCAGGACUUUGUGAUCAUCCCGAUCCACACCACUCCAGAGACGUCCGUCAGGGAGAUAAAUGAACUGUACGAUGUGUUCCAAGAUGUCAAACAACGAUGGACCUCAAAGAAUGUAAUCAUCAUGGGCGACUUCAAUGCGGACUGCGGCUACGUACCCAAGAAGCAGUGGAGCAGCAUCCGCCUGCGGUCUGACAGCAGCUUCCUGUGGCUGACGGGUGACACCAUCGACACCACCGUCAAGGAGUCCACAGACUGUGCCUAUGACAGGGUUGUCCUCCACGGGGACAAGAUGAUCCAGGCAGUCAACCCAACCUCUCUGGAUGUGUUUGACUUCAGACAGGCCUACGGACUAACCGAGCUACAGGCCCUGGCGGUGAGCGACCACUACCCAGUGUGCAUCACUGUGAAGGCCGCGCCGAGGAAUAAGGGUUAACGUCUUGUCCUCGUAUAACGGUACCUUCCUGAGGACGUCUCGGUGUCACCCUGGUGGUCUGUGUGCUCCAGAGCCAUCAGACCAUAAGAUAAAUUAAUCACACCAUCAUGGUCAAUGAGCUGCACUGUGUGCUUCAAGGUUAUUAUAGGUUUUGUGUUAUAUAUUUUUAUAUAUAUAUAUAUAUAUAUAUAUAUAUAUAUAUAUAUAUAUAUAUAUAUAUAUAUAUAUAUAUAUAUAUAUUAUAUUUGUUUUUAUUUCUAUUAGUCUUUUUUUUUUAUUGUUGACUUAAUCUUAAUCUUUAUUGUUGACUUAAUUUAUUCCAUCUGAUUUUUCUAAAAACAUUUCUAUUUGGUUUUGAUAUGAUGGUAGUUUCAGUGUUAGGCUGGGUGGCUAAUAGCUAGGAGGCAGGUAUGUGUUGUAGGUUGGAUUUCUAGAAGUCUCAGACCUAGAUUACAGAUUAUUACAGAUUAGAUUAUUACAGACCUACACCCAGAGCCAGAGCAACAGACCCAGAGCAACAGACCCAGAGCCAGAGCAACAGACCCAAAGCAACAGACCUAGAUUACAGAUUAUUACAGAUUAGAUUAUUACAGACCUACACCCAGAGCAACAGACCCAGAGCCAGAGCAACAGACCCAAAGCAACAGACCCAGAACAACAGACUCAGACCUAGACCAACAGACCCAGAGCAACAGACCCAGAGCAACAGACUCAGACCUAGACCAACAGACCCAGAGCAACAGACCUAGAGCAACAGACCCAGACCCAGAGCAACAGACCCAAAGCAACAGACUCAGACCUAGACCAACAGACCCAGAGCAACAGACCCAGAGCAACAGACCUAGACCAACAGACCUAGACCCAGCGCAACAGACCUAGACCAACAGACCUAGACCCAGCGCAACAGACCUAGAGCAACAGACCCAGAGCAACAGACCCAGAGCAACAGACCUAGAGCAACAGACCCAGAGCAACAGACCCAGAGCAACAGACCCAGAGCAACAGACCCAGAGCAACAGGCCUAGACCAACAGACCCAGAGCAACAGACCUAGAGCAACAGACCUAGACACAGAGCAACAGACCUAGAGCAACAUACCUCGACCCAGAGCAACAGACCCAGAGCAACAGACCUAGACCCAGAGCAACAGACCUAGAGCAACAGACCUAGACCCAGAGCAACAGACCCAGAGCAACAGACCCUAGACCCAGAGCAACAGACCCAGAGCAACAGACCCAGAGCAACAGACCCUAGACCCAGAGCAACAGACCCAGAGCAACAGACCCAGAGCAACAGACCCAGAGCAACAGACCUAGAACAGCAGCACUAUGUCUGGGGAGGACGUCAGAUUUGAUAGUGAAGCGAGGCCUAUUGAAACAUUACCAUCUUCUGGCAGCAUUUACCUGACAGAUUCAGAAGCUUGAAAAACCCAUUAGAAAAAAAUCUGAACAUAAUUUAUGUUUUUUAUUUUAUUUAGUUUAGUUUUGGAAUCAAAUAUAGUUUCAUUACAGUUUUAGUUUUUAAAUCGAGUUUCUUAAUUAUAUAUAUAUAUAUAUAUAUAUAUAUAUAUUUAUUUUUUUUAUAAAUCGUUUUUUAAUGAUUAGUUUUAGUUUACUAUAAUAACGUUGGCGUACCUUGCUCCAGCCAGCACUCAGAGGUUAAUGUGUGUGUUUCCUUGUUGCUAGGCGACCAGCUGUGCCUGUGACCAGCUCAUUUGAAGCAUCUUGCUUUUCUUCUUCUCCUGCUUUGUUUACCACAUGGCACAUCCUAUUACCUAGUAGUAUCACAUGGCACAUCCUAUUACCUAGUAGUGCACUAUAUAGGGAAUAGGGCCCUGGUCUAAAGUAGUGCACUAUUUAGGGAAUAGGGCCCUGGUCUAAAGUAGUGCACUACAUAGGGAAUAGGAUACCAGAGUCAUGUUAAAAACACCUGACGACAUACAAAUGGCUUAUCCAAAUGUAAAGGAUUAUUUCCUCAGUUGAACCAGUUUGUAAUAUGUCAUGUAGCAGUGUUCUUUUAAGGAACAUUAUUUAUAGCUAACAUAUGUCUGUAUAUCCUAUAUCAGAGAAUAUAUUUGGUAUUUCCUAUAUCAGAGAAUAUAUUUGGUAUUUCCUAUAUCAGAGAAUAUAUUUGGUAUUUCCUAUAUCAGAGAAUAUAUUUGGUAUUUCCUAUAUCAGAGAAUAUAUUUGGUAUAUCCAUAUUAAUGCAUACUGUAUUUGAAAGUAUUUCUUUGCCAUGUGUUGCUUUGUGAUAAACAUGCUCAAACAGAAAA